AACCUCACUCAAUGUUAGCUGGUGAACCAGAAGAGAAAUCAAUAUAAAGGGGAAAGUUAGAGUGUGGGAGGUCCACGGAAAGAAAGGCAACGCUAUACAGAAGAACGUUUGAUUCUUUUUCUUUUUCUUUGUUCGAUUCGAUGGGAUCUGCUUCGUCUUCCUCCUAAAUUACCCAUUUUCAGAAAACACCAGGACGAGGACGAUAGCCAUGAUAACUCGAUCAAAUCUUGCAGAGCAGCUAAGAGAGUAUCAAAUUCGAUCCAAGCACGACUGGGCUUCUGUAUCCUUCUUUUCCUCCACCUCCAAUCUCACUUCUUCAAGGGUAGAUGUUGUGAUUUUUGUAAUAUGGGAGCUGGUCAUUAUAGCUUUCUUGGUAUUUUCAGCUGUUUCUUUAUACUAUAGGCACUUACGUCUUGCCUUUAUCUUGGUUUGCAUCACAUUGCUUUUGCUUUUGUGCAUUAAAAUCACAAAGCAAGUGAGAUUGGCUAGAAAAAAGAGACGAAGAAUGCUUCUUCCUUUGUCUAUGUAACACACACACACACACUUAUCCCCCAUUUUGAUUUGUAAAGCAUGAUAAUUCUUGUCCCAUGCUCUCCUAGUUCAUAGAUACAAUUGAGUGAUCCUGCUCACCAGAUCAUUGUUAAUUCUUCAGAAUAUGAUGGCAACAGUGAAUUGAAAUGUUUUUAUUGGAUGGAAGAGCAAUAUAGUAGUUAUUGUUUUUUUUUUC